UUGUUUGUUUGCCUAUUAUGGGGGAAAUCCUUAACUGAAUUGCGUCAGAGCUACGUCAAUGGCCUCUCAGUGCAUUGAUGCUGAGGAUAGAGACGCCCAUAUUAAUCUAUGGGAGAAGAACGUAAAAUCGGUUGCCAUAUGUCUGAUCUUCCCCGGGCAGUAGGCGCCGGCGACCCAGAUCUGUCUCGUGCCCGACGGUAAAGGCAGAAUCUCCGGUGGGCUAUCAGCGGGGGGAUUCGGCUUGGAGCAGCGGUCUAUCUCCGACUACGAUGCCGUUCUCCCAGCCGCACGAACCCUGGGACAAAAUGGAGGUGACCAGCGUUAGUAGUGAGGUUAAUGGUCACCAGAUCCUGGAUGAGCCGAUGGACGAGGGAGAGUCUUUUACUCAUUGUGACGAGGUUACGUCAUAUUCAGAGAUCCAUAUCACCCACCAUGUGAAGGAGGGCUGUGAGAAGGCUGACCCGAGGCAGUUUGAGCUGCUUAAGGUCCUGGGACAGGGUUCCUUCGGAAAGGUUUUUCUGGUCCGGAAGGUCACGGGUCCAGACGCGGGUCAGUUAUAUGCAAUGAAAGUCCUCAAGAAGGCUUCGUUGAAAGUCAGGGACAGAGUUCGCACCAAGAUGGAGCGAGACAUUUUAGUGGAGGUCAAUCACCCCUUCAUAGUCAAGUUGCACUACGCCUUCCAGACCGAAGGGAAGCUCUAUUUAAUCCUGGACUUUCUCAGGGGAGGAGACGUCUUCACGCGCUUAUCCAAAGAGGUUAUGUUUACAGAGGAAGAUGUGAAAUUCUACCUAGCAGAGCUGGCUCUGGCCCUCGACCACCUGCACCAUCUGGGCAUAGUUUACAGAGACCUCAAACCAGAGAACAUUUUGUUAGAUGAAGCUGGACACAUCAAGUUAACAGACUUUGGGUUGAGUAAGGAGUCCGUGGAUGUUGAUAAGAAGGCCUAUUCAUUCUGUGGAACGGUGGAGUACAUGGCUCCUGAGGUCGUCAACAGAAGAGGACACACACAGAGUGCUGACUGGUGGAGUCUAGGAGUGCUCAUGUUUGAAAUGCUGACCGGGACAUUACCAUUCCAGGGCAAAGACCGCAACGAGACCAUGAACAUGAUCCUUAAAGCUAAGUUAGGGAUGCCUCAGUUCCUGAGUGUAGAAGCCCAGAGUCUGCUGAGAAUGCUGUUUAAACGCAACCCUGCUAACCGCCUGGGGGCUGGGGUCGAUGGGGUGGAGGAGAUCAAACGUCACGCCUUCUUCUCAUCGAUCGACUGGAACAAGCUAUACAGGACAGAGCUCCAGCCUCCAUUCAAACCAGCAGCAGGGAAGCCUGAUGACACGUUCUGCUUCGACCCAGAGUUCACCGCUAAAACACCCAAAGACUCCCCAGGUAUUCCUCCCAGUGCCAAUGCCCAUCAGCUGUUUAAAGGGUUCAGCUUCGUGGCUCCAGCCUCUCUGGAUGACAAGAAGGGCUCUCCUCUACUCAGCAUCCUACCUAUAGUACAGAUGCAUGGUGGAUCAGCCCAGUUCUCAGACCUGUAUGAGCUUCAGGAGGAUAUUGGAGUUGGAUCGUAUUCUAUCUGUAAACGCUGUGUACACAGAGUGUCUGUUAUGGACUACGCUGUGAAGAUAAUAGAUAAGGGAAAGAGGGAUCCAUCGGAGGAGAUUGAGAUUCUGAUGAGAUACGCACAACACCCCAACAUCAUCACACUCAAAGAUGUGUAUGAUGAGGGCAGGUAUGUGUAUGUGGUAACAGAACUGAUGAAGGGAGGAGAGUUACUGGAUAAGAUCCUCAGACAGAAGUUCUUCUCAGAGAGAGAAGCAAGCUCUGUUCUCUACACUAUUACCAAGACUGUCCACUACCUGCACUGUCAAGGGGUUGUCCAUAGGGACUUAAAGCCCAGUAACAUCCUCUAUAUGGACGACAGUGGGAAUCCUGAUUCUAUCAGGAUCUGUGAUUUUGGUUUCUCCAAGCAGCUGAGAGGAGGAAACGGACUGCUACUAACACCAUGUUACACAGCUAACUUUGUUGCUCCAGAGGUGUUGAUGCGUCAGGGCUAUGAUGCUGCCUGUGAUAUCUGGAGUCUUGGAGUGUUGUUAUACACCAUGUUAGCAGGAUACACGCCCUUCGCUAACGGCCCCAAGGACACACCUGAAGAGAUCCUGUUGAGGAUGGGGUCAGGGAAGUUCUCUCUGAGCGGUGGGAACUGGGACAUGGUGUCUGACAGCUCCAAGGACCUCCUCUCUAAGAUGCUUCAUGUUGAUCCUCACCAGCGUUAUUCAGCUGAACAGGUCCUGAAACACGCCUGGAUCACGCAACGAGACACGUUACCACACUUCCAGCUCGCACGCCACGAUGCACCACACCUCGUUAAGGGAGCGAUGGCAGCUACCUACUCUGCUCUGGGUCAUAAGACGUGUCAGCCAGUUCUGGAGCCAGUAGCUGCUUCUAGCCUGGCACAGAGACGCAACAUGAAGAAACUCACCUCUAUUGACAUGUAACACACACACCUCGGCCCCAGCCUCCCACUGCCCCAGCCUCCCACUGCCCCAGCCUCCCACUGCCCCAGCCUCCCACUGCCCCAGCCUCCCACGGCCCCAGCCUCCCACUGCCCGUCUCCCCUCUGCCCCAGCCAUCCCCAGCUCGUCUCCCCUCGGCCCCAGCCCGUCUCCCCCGGCCCCAGCCCGUCUCCCCUCGGCCCCAGCCCGUCUCCCCUCGGCCCCAGCCCGUCUCCCCUCGGCCCCAGCCCGUCUCCCCU